GGAAGCGGGGAGCAAGAAGCAAUAACAAACAAACCUAGCAGCAGCAAGCUAACGCUACUCGGGGAAACUUAGCAUAUAGGUUGUCGUGUUUCCUUCACGUCGGACAUAUUAGCGGUGAAGAUUUUGUACACUGUGUACAAAAAGAUGUACACAGUGUCCGAAAACGACAUACAAUAAUCUGUCACGUAGACAACGUCGUUGUUAUCUAACAUCUGCUAAUAUUAGCCAAACGUCGGCUAACGUUAAGUUAAUCCUCCCCGUCUAUGUCGUUCUUUGUGUAAUUAUACAAUUGUCAGGGAAAAUAGCUAGAAAUUUAGACAUUCGUCAGGAAACUAUCGUCUUUACACGGCACAUGUGAGGAAAACAACGAGACAACAAUCAAGAUUACAACCGUGACGGCAGAUACUAGCAGGAUACGGAGCGCAACUGUAAGCAACCAAGGAUGGUACACCUUGGUGUGCGCUGUGUGGGAACUCGGCUGAGUGUCCUAAUGCUGGUUUUCUGCAGCGUCCUGGUUCCCUCACCUACACAUGCCUAUAUAUAUGCUCAUUACAGCAAUAUGACCUCCAUGUUGUUUGAGGACCUACCUGCCUUGUUUGGAUCUCCACUUCCUAAAGAUGGAUUAAUGGGAGUUAUGGUGCUGUCCCGUCCACUUAAUGCGUGUACACCAAUAGACCCUCCUCCUCCACUGCCACCAUCUUUCGACGCCAACACCACCAAAUUUGUCGUUCUCAUCAGACGCUAUGAUUGCAAUUUUGAUAUAAAGGUUCUACACGCACAGCAGGCUGGAUACAGCGCUGCAAUCGUUCACAACAUGUAUUCAGAGACUCUGCUCAAUAUGAACUACAGCAACGACACCAUUGCAGAGCAGAUCGAGAUUCCCUCUGUAUUCACCAGCUACUAUGCUUCUCAAAUUCUGAAGAAUUUCAUUAUUCCAGAGCAAGGGGCCUAUGUGAUCCUCAAGCCAGAAUUUGCAUUUCCGCUGUCAUACUACCUUAUUCCCUUCACUGGGGUAGUCGGCAUGAUUAUUCUUGUGAUGUGUGUUGUUUUGAUUAUUCGAUGUGUGCAGUACAGAAAAAGGCUGAGGAAAAAUCGUUUGUCCAAAGAACAACUGAAGCGGAUUCCGACACACAGGUUUAGUAAAGGAGAUGAUUACGACGUGUGUGCAAUCUGCCUGGAUGAGUAUGAGGAAGGAGACAAGCUGCGUGUUUUACCUUGUUCACAUGCGUACCACUGCAAGUGCGUCGACCCGUGGCUCACACAGACCAAGAAGACGUGUCCUGUGUGCAAACAGCGCGUCACCCGGAACAGCACGGAGCACUCCGAGUCCGAGUCCGAGGAGGAGGCCGGAGGACGUGGAGAGGAAGAGGGGACGGAGGGCGAUGCAGACUCGGAGCGCACCCCGCUGCUUCGGCCCUCCAACCCGGGGUCCCCCUUAGGAAGCCCAGGAGCCUACUCAGCCACCACCACCACUGCCCAGUGCCUCGCCUCCCCCGCACACUGCGACUCACCCAUCCUGGGCUACGAAGGCUACUACUCCCCACAGGAGGAGACGGACUCAGAGAGCGAUGAAGCAGGAGAGGAGAGGCACCACACGGAUGAUGACACUGCACAGCUCAUUGGUAGGGAUCCGGUGGAUGUCUGAUGGCUGGAACUUAGCUGCAACGAGAUUACGUUUAGUUUUACUUAAAAAGGGUCUUUCUAUCGUGAGGCGUGCUCUAUCGCACAUCACUUUAAAAUAGUUUGCAGAUUUAUGGGUAACUAUACGUUUAGGAUACUUGCCACGUUUGUUGAUUGUAACAGAAUCCUUUCCCCCCAAUAACCAGCGGAGGUCUACUUUAAAGUGUCAAAGCACAUGCAGAACUUUCAUUGAUCCGUUUUUACCAUUGAUCCGUUUUUACCAAAAUCCAAGUGUAGAGCAUCAGUCCACUUCAAUACACAAGUUCACUCUUGUACUGUUGUCUUUUGACCUACUUUUUGAUGCAUGCUGUGAUUUAUAACGCGAUCAUGCCACGUGACCUAAUCACUAGUGCUGCACAAGACGAAUGGGCCACUUCAAUGUCUUUUUAAGCAAGAGUGUGACUCCUGUAGGUGAAGCCUGUGUAGCCAAAGUUAUCAAGCUUAAAAUUGAUCUUCAAAGUUCUCUGUUAGAUUUACGUGAGGUUUGCGCAGUUUAAAGAUCCUCUGUUGUCUUAACAAUAACUGUUUUAUACCUGGCACUCCUUGUCCACAACUUUAAAUCAUUUGAUAACAAGGAUGUGAAAGUGGGGAGGAAAAAGUUUGUCUUCUUCUUCUUCCUCUUUCUUUUUUUAACUGCUCUCGCGCUUAUUUCGGACAUCUUCCAGUUUCAUUUCAGUUUUUUGAAAUCUCAAGGUUUUUCUCAAAUUUAACAGUAAAUUAUGCUACAAUAGAACAUUGCAACGAUGUUAGACAGUUCUGAUGCUUUUACAUUGUUACUGGUAAUACUGUGUGGACAGUUUAAGACAAGUAUUUUUAGCUUUAUCCAGUUUGUCAAGUUGAACAAACUCAGGUUCGUCGCACAAAAAAAAAAAAAAAAAUUAAAGGUCAAAUGAAUAACAUUGUGAGAAAAUUCUGGGCUUUGGUCUUGUGAUCUGUCUUCGCUUUUUGCUUUUUUUUUUUGGAAUCUGUAAAAUGUAGAUUCAUAAAUAUUUAAUUGAUUUUUUUUUUCCAUUUUUAUAUACUGUUUAACUGAAUGAUGACAUGAUAAAUUGUGGAACUCUGGGGGUGUUUUUAGGAAAAAAGAGCAUUGCCUUAUAUUGGCCUUGAUGUACACAUGUAUGUUAAAUGUUUAGAAACAACAGGAUUGACACUCCUUUUUUUUCCUCCCUCUUGUCGAGCUGUAGUUAAUACCGCUGGUUAGAAAGCUUUUUAUCUCGCUCCUCGAUCUGAAAACCUGCUCCACGUUUGUUUUUAUUGUGUCAAGAAAGAGAAAGCCUGUGUUUUCACAUGUUAAGUGCUAGUAAUGAUAGCGAUAGCCAGCAUAGUCAUGCUUGAUUUGCACCUGAAAACUUGGAAGAUCAGCAGCUGUCAAACAAGAGGCGGGUUGUUCCUCUACUGUAUGGGAUGAUCUGGGUGGAGUACAUCCGGAUGGUUUGUUUAAAUACGAAUAGAAACCCCAAAAGUUGUUUCUGCCAAACUGCUUCACACACCAAGUAGAUGCACAUUUCUUGUGUAACUGUACAGCACGAGGAGUUAACGUACUGUACGCCUUUACCCAUAUUCUCUGUUCGCCUCGGUGGAGCUGCACAAAUGUAAUCGGUGUUGCUUCUGUGGUCUCUCAUGCUGCUGCACCACAGUCAGAGAAAAAUCAGAAUUGUAAUUUAAGGUUCCUGCCAUUUGUAAUGAAAAUUAGUGCAAUCAUUUAGGAUUUUAUGUCGAUUAACGGGACAUAUCCUAUUUUAUCAUCUCAACUUCGUCCUUCAUCAGAUGGAGGAUGACUCUUAUCUCCCCGAACACCGCUACUGCGCGUAAUAGUGAAUGUGAACGCUGCACACGGUGUAUGUAAUACUGUCUCUGAGGGUGAGUUUUCAGUAAGUUGCAUUUGUACAUUGGAGGGUGAACAGGGGAAUCAGCAGGGCUGUAAAAUCACAACAUUCCACCUUUAUAUUUUACUGCUGAUUGACGAAAAGAAUUCACACUAUUAAGAUUCGAUUGGGACUUGUUGGCAAUAGUCUUUAUUGUAAGAUAGAACAGUUGUUUUCCUAUUUACGAUAUGCUUCAAAUAUCUUUUGUACUGUACCUUUUAUUUUGCUCUGUAUGUCUCAGUUUUAGAGACUGUUGACAGAAACACAUGAAAAUAAUCCCUGAUUAUUGUUUUUUUUUCGUUUUUCCUUUUUCUUUUAGAACGUGCCUAGAUUAUUACACUUAAUAAAUGUACAGUGUCAAGUAUAAUUUUUUGGUGUAUAAGGCAGGAUUGAGAAUCUUUAGGAUGUCUAAACACAGUCUGUGGAAAGAUGCAUUUAAUGUGGGAUUUGUGGAAGAUUAAAUGACACUGAAAUGAGACUGUGUUGUUUGUUUAGGUGAGAAAAUGUAAGUAAAACUUCCAUGACAAAGGUUUAUUGACGUACAUGAAUUCUUAAUAAUAAAGCCACUAUGAUGAAA